AUGGCCGCGUCCACCCUGUCCGUCUGCUCCAGCGACCUGAGCUAUGGCAGCCGCGCCUGCCAGCCCGGUUCCUCCGAGUCUUGUACUGACUCCUCCUGGCAGGUGGAUGACUGUCCAGAGAGCUGCUGUGAGCCCUCCUGCUGUGCCCCCAGCUGCUGCCAGCCCUCCUGCUGUGCCCCCAGCUGCUGCCAGCCCUCCUGCUGUGUCCCCAGCUGUUGCCAGCCCACCUGCUGUGCCCCCACCUGCUGCCAGCCCUCCUGCUGUGUCUCCAGCUCCUGCCAGCCCACCUGCUGUGUCCCCAGCUGCUGCCAGCCCAUGUGCUGUGUCCCCAGCUGCUGCCAGCCCUCCUGCUGUGUCCCCAGCUGCUGCCAGCCCUCCUGCUGCACCUCCUCCCCCUGCCAGCAGCCCUGCUGUAUGUCCAUGUGCUGCAAGCCCAUGUGCUGCACACCCGUCUGCUGCAAGCCCAUCUGCUGCAAGCCCAUGUGCUGUAUGCCCGUCUGUUCUGGGCCUGCCCCCUGCCCUGCCCCCUCCUGCUGCCAGCCCACCCCCUGCUUCUCAUCCUGCUGCAGACCCUCCUCCUGCUGCAGACCCACCUCCUGCAUGUCCGUCAUCUGCCGCCCCGUGUGCAGGCCUGUGUGCAGGCCGGCCUGCUGUGUGCCCGUCUCCUCCUGCUGUCCCCGCCCCUCCUGCCAGUCCAGUUGCUGCCGCCCGGCCUCCUGCAUGUCCCUGGUCUGCCGCCCCGUGUGCUCCCGCCCAGCCUGCUGA